AUGGUCAACUCCUGCUGUGGCUCUGUCUGCUCUGAGGAGGGCUGUGGCCAAGGCUGCUGCCAGCCCACCUGCUGCAGGCCCACCUGUUGCAGGCCCACCUGCUGCCGCCCCAGCUGCUGUGUGUCCAGCUGCUGCAGACCCCAGUGCUGCCAGUCUCUGUGCUGCCAGCCCUGCUGCCGCCCCAGCUGUUGCAUCUCCAGCUGCUGCCGCCCCUGCUGCCAGCCCUGCUGCCGCCCCUGCUGCCAGCCCUGCUGCCGCCCCUGCUGCCGCCCCUGCUGCUGCCUGCGCCCAGUCUGUGGUCAGGUCUGCUGCCAGACCACCUGCUACCGCCCCACCUGUGGCUGUGGCCAAGGCUGCUGCCAGCCCACCUGCUGCAGGCCCACCUGCUGUGUGUCCAGUUGCUGCAGACCCAGCUGCUGUCAGUCUCUGUGCUGCCAGCCCUGCUGCCGCCCCAGCUGUUGCAUCUCCAGCUGCUGCCGCCCCUGCUGCCGUCCCUGCUGCCAGCCCUGCUGCCGCCCCUGCUGCCGCCCCUGCUGCCAGCCCUGCUGCCAGCCCUGCUGCCGCCCCUGCUGCCGCCCCUGCUGCUGCCUGCGCCCAGUCUGUGGUCAGGUCUGCUGCCAGACCACUUGCUACCGCCCCACGUGUGUGAUCUCCACCUGCCCCCGCCCCAUGUGCUGCGCCACCCCUUGCUGCUGA